AUGUCUGUUUUCGAUGGUGAAAUAGAAUACCGCACGGUAUAUAUGGUGGAUUUUGAUGCAAAGAAAAAGCCUAAAAGUCCUCGUCGCAAAGCGGUUGACGACAAUUGCCUCAUUGUGGGCGUGAGCCGGGACAUGCUGAAGCCUAAAAAAGAAAAACAAAAGCACCCUGAUGUACUCUGUCCAGUUUCACGUGAAUACUACAAGGAUGCUGUCACUAGGUUCGCAGAAGAUUACCCGAAACUCACGAAGAAAUAUAUGAUGAAAGACAUCGACUCAGUGCUCAUUGAGAACGAGAUCAAAGACCUUAAGAGGACUGAAUAUUUAAAUAAAUACUGCUCUAGAGAUCUCCCAUUUAUGUCUGUAAACCUGGCUCGUCGAGCGCGUGCCCUCCAAACGUUGCGACUACCAGAUGACGUGGCUAUCCCAGACACAAGUCAUAGAGGAUCCUUUCGUCCUCCGAAACCUGAGAAGUAUGCAGAGCCACCCUCAAGCAUGUCCAUGAAACCACGAUACGAUGAUUCGCUGCAAACAUCCAUUUCCACCACCUUUAGUAUUUCAAAACUCUCCGGAGAAGAGUUAGCAUUCUACCAGGCAUGUCUGCAGCACUCUCGGCCUCCGGACUGCCGGUGCCCUCAGUAUUCUGGAGGGGAGAUGCCAAUGCUACCGCCAGGGAAGGAGGGAGGAUGGAGCCGGAAUGAGAUGAUGGGUCCAAUGUUGGACCCUAAACUAUAUCCCGUUCGUGUUGGAGCUGCUCCAGAAACACCCACCUCAAGAUACGAUCAACCUAAUGCGUUCUUGGAUAAGUUGCAAUCAAAGUACCCGAUGCUGUACAGCAUCUUGCAGAACGAAGCCUCGCCGGAGCUAAAGCAGAGGAUAGAUCGGGACCGCAACAAGACGACUUACCGGGUCGAUUAUUGUGAGACAGGUCCCGGAGCCAAAUUUGAAGGACUCCAACGAGCAGCAGACGAGAGCGGAACAGGUCCGUGUGCGCAACCGAUGCGUUUGCCCGGGGACCCGUGUCGCGUCGGACCCAAACCGCCCAAGUCUGCGCCCAAGACCAUCUCCAAACAGGCAGGCGGUGCCGCAGCCAGUGAUCCCAGAGCCAAAUGCGAAACGACAUCGGCCACUCCCCCACUCGGUCGCACGGAGUACCAGGACGGCGUGUCCAAGCUCGGCGCGAUCAUCAUGCGAGACAAACUACAUCGAAGGUAG